GAAAACUGAUUAUCUGCAGAUGUACUUCAUAAUGGAUGAGUGUGACUCUCCCGGCCAAUUUCGAUGUGAUGCUUUAGUAAAGGUUCCGAGAACAAACGGUUUUGCAGGACAUGCCAUCUAUGCUUAUUUUAAUGCAGAUAAAGCUCAGAAUGGAGGAGUAAGUUCAAAAUGUGAUACACGUAAGAAAAAUGAAGAUGAAGAGAAGCAGUACCUUCAACUUUUGGACACUCUGCCAGACCUCUACUUGGAAUCUGCAAGAUUGUCCUAUAUUGGAUCAGUUUCUGAAAAAGAUGCAAAACAAAGAUCAACAAAGAGUACCGGUGGCUAUACUAAAAUAACUGAAAAAUAUGAAGAAAUUAAAGGAUUACGAUACACGAAGUUACAGUGCAAAGUAGAUACGAAGAAAAUUAAAGCAAAAAUUAUAAGAGUUGCUGAGUUUUACUUCUUCUAUCAGCCAUUGGAUGACUGGCCCAAUGCACGAAUGAUUUUGGCAGGCCUGGUGAAGAAAAAAGCAUUGUUUGUACAUCCAUACAGAUUUCGAAUGUUUCCACAGUUUCGUAUUCUGCUGGAUAAAAAGAAGCAUCCAGCUUGGGAUGGUAGAACAGGCAGUGAAAAUCUAGCCUAUUUUUCAAUUACCAUACCAAUGGAUCUGUGUGAUACUCUUACCGGGACAUUCCAAUGUCAGGCUAAGGUAUUGGCUACUGGUUUCUUGGAGCACAAAUCUGCAUCAUUGGUAACAGGAUGGUACAAACUAGAUCACUCCCACUUAUCCAAAAAGAGUAAAAACUGUGGGAAAAAAAGGCGGACCAAAAGUUAAAGGCGCAGAAAAUGAAGCAAAUGCUGAAGUUGGUAAAGAAGAAAAAGACGCUGGCUCCAUAUCACCUACUUUACAGCCGAUAUUUAAAACAGAGGAGGAGUCGGAAGGGGGAGGAGGGGGAGUGGCCAUCGGAAUUAUCUGCGCCCUGGUUGUGCUUGGGGUCAUUGGUUUUGUAGCUUACAAAAUGUAUAUGAAAAAGAAAACAGGAGAUGGCAAUAAGGAUGAGAGCGAAACAAGACCCAUUAACCCUGGAGUGGCGGGUCGGGGAAGAGGUCGAGGGAGGGGUCGCGGACGUGGAAGAGGACAGCAAAGGCCUGGUGAAUGAAGUCAUGUUUCCAGAUUGGCCUAAGGUUGCAAGGAACUUUUUAAAAACUUGAAGUACCAAAAGGAAGUUCGCCAUUGACUUGUAUAAUUACUUAAAUGAUGGGAAUCACACAAAAUACGAAUACAAGUAAAAUUCCAAUCUCAAAUGGAAGAAGCUUCAAAAUGUACCACCUUUCAAAUUUUAUUUUUAGUUCAAAAAUAGUGACUUACUUUGAUUUUAUGUUUAAAUCAAAUUGUGGAUAAUAAAAUAAAAAAGAUUUAUACAAUAUAA